AGAAAAAAAAACGAAAAUGUCUAUGGUAGACGGUGAAGGGAGGAGGAACGAUUUUCGCUUCGUUGUCGUCUCAAAAUUUAGAUUUUAUUGCAUUUUGUGAUACAAUUAUUUCAAGUUGAUUGAAACAAGUGACGUUAAAUGGUGCUUUUAUUGAUUACAUGUCUGCCUGUGCGUCCGAGGCUUUGUUUAUCAAUCGGGACUGAAUUCAAUCCGGCCGCUCCCUGCGCGUAGUGUAGCACGUCAAGUAUUUUCAUGUUGUACUAGUUGCAAUAGAGGCCGUAGUAAAAGCUGUUGGAAAGUGCAUUCAUACUGGGAAUUGAUGGUGUAAAAAACUAUCUCACGUUCUAUAUUAGUGUGUUCGCUAUGAGUUGAUUUGUGAGAGGUUGCUAAAGCGACGUUUUGUGGCCAUUUCGGUGUCCUCAACCAUUGGUCCGGUGUGGCGAUGGCUUGUGAACAUCACUAGGGGGGAUCCACACGACGGCUGCAGCUAGACAUGAUAAGGACACCCUCGCAAUGGAUGGAGUGAAGAAAAUUCAUUCGGGCACCCUGUACCGCAACGGUCCCGUGGAGAACGCGUACGGCCCGCAGCACAGCCCCGUGUCCCGCUCCGACGCCUCCACCGAGGACGCGGAGCUGUCGGCCGCGCUCGCGCACCAACACCACCUGUCGCUCAUGCAGGCCGGUGACUACCCCGUGGGCCAGGUCGCGCUGGAGGGCGACUACGGGCAGUAUGUGUCGUCCCCCGCCGCCCACUACAACCACAUGUCGCACCUCACCAUGGCGCCCUCGCAGAAGUACCCGCACCAGGCGAUGGAUUCCGUCUCCGUGUCAGGCGGCGGCUACGCGGGCGGUCACUACGCGCACUACGGCGCCGCCUACCCUCCGCACCCGUACUGCGAGCAGCCGCAGUACAUGCCGCAGGAGUACGCGGAAGGCGGUGGUAGUGCGUCCCCCCGCAGCGCGUCGCCCACCGCGCUGCAGCAGCAUAACCUGCACAUGCAGCAGAGUAGAUACGAGUCGGGCUCGCUCGAGCAGCUAGGGCGGCACUACUGCGUGACGUCACCGCGCGGCGACUACGCGCCCAUAGCGCCCGCCUACUACGCUCACUACCCGCCCUACACCGACUCUCAAAAUGGAUUAAGCCUGGGCAGCGCCGGCGGACAGUCUAUGUAUGGUGAUGAAGAGGAGCUACAGAAACAGAUGGCUGGCAUGUCUCUAGUGCACGGUGGCAUGGGCGCGCGCGACGACGGCGGCGGCCUCCAGUGGCGGGACCCCAACCUGCCCGAGGUCAUCGGCUUCCUCAACUCACCAUCAGACGUGGUGAAGGCGAACGCGGCCGCCUAUUUACAACACUUGACGUAUAUGGACGACCCGAAUAAGCAGAAGACUAGGAACUUGGGAGGCAUCCCGCCGCUAGUCCGCCUCGUCUCACACGAGAACCCCGAAGUGUGUCGCAACGCUUGCGGCGCGCUCCGCAACCUGUCGUACGGACGACAGAACGACGAGAACAAGCGAGCGAUCAGGGACGCCGGGGGCAUACCCGCACUGACGGCGUUGCUGUGUCGAGCCACCGACUUGGAGGUGAAAGAGCUAGUGACCGGAGUGAUCUGGAACAUGUCAUCGUGCGAAGACUUGAAGCAAUCCAUCAUAGACGACGCGGCGCAAGUGAUAGUGAACAAGGUGAUCGUGCCGCACUCCGGGUGGCACCCCACCAGCCCUGGAGACACUUAUUGGUCUACAGUAUUCAGAAACUCAUCAGGCGUCCUGCGCAACGCUUCCUCCGCCGGAGAAUACGCGCGCCGCCGCCUGCGCUGCCUGCCCGGCCUCACGGAGGCUCUGUUACAUGCUGUGAGGGCCGCCAUACAGGCCAACGCUAUAGGCACCAAGAUUGUCGAGAACUGCGUGUGUGUGCUGCGGAAUUUGAGCUACAGAUGUCAAGAGAUAGAAGACCCCCUGUACGACACCAGAGCGCCCCCCACACAGUCCACGAGCCAGGCGCGGAUACAGGCCAGCGCUUCCAAAGGCGAGAACCUCGGCUGUUUCGGCGGCAGCAAGAAGAAGAAGGAGGCCGCCGCCAGCGGGGGGAGCGCGGGGGGCGCGGGGGGCUCCCCUCCCCGGCACAGCCCGCCCGGCAAGCAGCCCUCUGACCCGCCGGGUUAUUCUGUGCCUAAGGGCACUGAGGCGCUGUGGUCUCCAGAGGUGGUCCCCCUAUACAUGGCGCUCCUCCAAACCUGUUCCAACCCGGAGACACUUGAAGCCGCCGCGGGCGCGCUACAGAACCUGGCCGCGUGCUACUGGCAGCCCUCCAUCGACAUCCGCGCCGCCGUGCGCAAGGAGAAAGGUCUCCCAAUCCUCGUUGAGCUGCUCCGCAUGGAAGUGGACCGCGUGGUGUGCGCCGUGGCCACCGCGCUGCGGAACCUGGCCAUCGACCAGCGGAACAAGGAGCUCAUCGGGAAGUACGCCAUGCGCGACCUGGCGCACAAGCUGCCGGCGCCCGGGCAGGCGCAAGACGCGCCAGUAACAUCGGACGACACAAUAGCCGCCGUCCUGGCAACACUGAACGAGGUCAUAAAGAAGAGUGCGGAGUUCUCCCGCGCCCUGCUCGAGGCCAGCGGGGUGGAGCGGCUGCUGCACCUCACCAAGCAGACGCACACACCACGAGUGCAUAAAUUUGCAGGUCAAGUGCUGAUGACGAUGUGGUCGCACGCGGAGCUGCGCGAGGUGUACCGCAAGCACGGGCUGCGCGAGGCCGACUUCACCACCGCCGCGCGCGCCGCCCUCGCGCGCCCGCCCGCCCCCAGCGGCGCGGGCGCGUCAGGCGGACCUCAUUCCCCGAGCAACGCAAACAGCACACUGAGCCGACCCAUGGCUUCCACUGGAGGCACUCGCUACGAAGAUCGCACCAUCCGGAGACAUCGAGAGAACGAUGAAGCGCCAACCCACGACACGAACAAUUACGCCGAAUCUGUAGGCGGUGGCAACCCUAACGGGAGGCCAAUGAACUUACAGGGCGUCCAAUCAACGAUGCCCAUGAACAACAGCCGUUAGUGCGCGCGACUGUGAGCCUCAACGCUCUGCGAAUAGCGUCUAGUUCCGCUUGUGGGUAGAUGCCGCCAUUUUGGAAAAGUAUGAACUGUCAAAUUUGAAGUUACAGAUUAUGAAUGUCAUCAAAGCGUUUACUCUCUUUAGCGGAAUUAGUUUAAGUUAUAUUUAAUUUAAAUUAUGUACGCAUUUAAUUACAAAAUAACUUUGUUUGUACGCAAACAAAAGAUCGCAAAAGUAAUGACAAAUAUAUUUGAACCAUAUCACGUGGGAAAGCAAUGAAAAUGUCCUGGCCGGUCGACGUUUAGCCAUUAUUUUAGUAAAUAGUAAAAAUAUAUAUAGCACAAGCCUAUUUUUACGACUGGUAGCGGUAGAACUCGAGCACUGAUGAAUGUGGUAUUUAUAAAAAUACUUGUAUCUAUAUAAUUUGGAUUAUCUUUAAGUGGCCGCUUUUGUGUGACCGUGGUUAGACUUUUAUCCCAAUAAUGAUAAGGCCUAAAAUCGUAUAAAUACUACAGCGCAUUCGUUUUAAAUGCCAUGUUCUGUUUGUUUCACAAUAAAAUGUCAAUUCCCUAUGUAAAUAGUCGUGCCAUUUGUGUAUUUUAAAACGAGUAAUUAAGGAAUCACAAGAAUGUUAUUUAUUAAUAUAAAUAAUACGGACUAAAACUGAAUCGUUGAGGCUCACUGUGUAAAGUUAUUAAAAACUUGAAAAUGAUUAGAGAAAUAAAAAAAAACUAUGAAAUUUGUAUCCAACGGAUGACACACAAAACGUGAACCGUGUAGCGAAUUCAUAGAUGCAAAAGGACAUUAUUUUAGCAUGAAUCAAUGCAAUCGUUUGAAAAUUAUAGCAUAUUUCAGCUGGUUUAUGUAAGUCCAAUAAGUGCAUAACAUAGAUUAUACAACAGCAUUCAGUUUUAUAAUGAAGUCUGUUAAAACAGCUGAAAUAAGCUAUUUAAAACCAACAAAUGAAAGGUCUUAAAAUAUAUAUAAAUAAUAUAAUGAUUAUACAGUUUUAUGCCUUUCUCAUAAGCAAUAUCUCUCGAGUAUGACAAGUGGAAAUAGGUGGAAAGCUUCUGUUGAAUAGAAAGAAUUGAAACAAACACUUAGUAUAAUGUCAUUUAAAACUUUAUCUAAAACUAAUCUUCAUGACAUUUCAAACCUCGUGGAAUAAUAUCGAUUACUAUUAUUUUAUAAUACAUAAAUUAGGACAUGUAGUUUACACCUGAUAGCUUGUAAAACUACGGUAUUUAUAUAGAAAAAAAAAACUUUUGUAAUAUUUUGUAUCCAUUCCAUAAACCUUUAUGAUAAUAGGUGUCUAACGUCUUCUCGUAUGAAUAUACCUAUACUAUACUGAAUAUCCGUCUCUGUAGUUACGAUUGUAAGAUAGACUGUGUGAGGUUCCGUCGAGCGAAGAUGAAAAUCGGCCGCCAUUUUGUUUUGGAAUCAAGAUGGCCGCUCCUGUCAAAUUCUUAUUAAUUUAUUUAGAUUUGUUAGUUUUUGUGAGUGUCUAGUUCUGUAAUUCUGAACUGAAUGCUGUUUUGAUAGUUAUUAACAUACAAACUGUUAUAAUUAAAGUUAUACAUAUUUUUUGUAUAAGUAAUAUUUUACUGAAUUAGUUUAAGUUACUUAUUUUUUGCAGUAAUCGUAGCUAGCCGGAAUUUCACGCAUUCCAUAUGAAUACUUAACGUUAAGCUGUAACCUUUUGUUUGUUUAAUUAUUACUUACUUUGUCUUAUACAUUUCAUCUUGGGACGUGUUUAACGUAUACUUUAGAAUCCGACUCAUAAGUAAAUUAUACCGGAUUCGUUAAGUUUGUACUGUAUAGGUAAUAAUUAUACCCAUCACUAUUUACAUACCUACUAAAGUUUUAAUAUCAAUAUAAAAUAACCAUGGUUAGGCAAUUUAUGUCCAGAUUUUUGAUAACUUUGUAAUAUAACAGUGAUAACAAAAGACUUAAAUUGGUUAUGAAUCAGUUGAUUUUGAAAAUAAUACAUUUAAACUAUUAUUCCUUGCAUUCCGCAUUUGACUACAGAAUACAUUUUACCCCGAUUUUAAUCAACACAACAUAUUUGUCUAAUCAAGUAUUUAAUCUCGAUCACAUACGUAAGGAUAAGAUUCUUUCGAAUAAGAACCUAAUGCACAAUAUCGCAUUUUACGUCUAGUGUACAAUACGAUUUAUAGAACUUCAGGAAUUACACUUGUAGGUUACUCUAGUACCUAUAUACGUUUUUAUUUAUCAACUGAGAAGCGAACUUAUAGGUUCAUUCCGAGAAUAGAAUCUUGAAGCACUUCCGUAAAUCGUAUUGUAGGGUCUGGGUUCAUAAGUAAUGAAUGAAAUACAUAAUUAUUAUGUAAACCUUCAAGCUCUGGAGUUACCGAUGUUAAAUGACGUGUGGUUGGGCUCAAUAAUAAUCACUAUAAAUCUACGUAAAAAUGCUACUGCAACAAGUUAUUACUGUAGAUGCCUGUGCCAUUCGGUAAGAACCCAUAUUUUGCUUCACUUAUGAACCCAAACCUCUGGCGUUUACUGACUGACCUGGUACAAACGAACCUCAAUCCAGUGCAUUAUAUUAUUAAUUUAGGCGACCUCCGUAAACGCGUUUUGUAUAUUUUUUAUGACACUAAAGUAAGUGAUGUGCAACAUUUUUCUGAAUGUAACCUAACACCCCUUGCCAGGCAUAGGUAUUUCGCUUCUAUGAAGCGAUAUUUUUUUACUUUCUUUAUCAAAGUAUCAUAGUUAUAAUUUAAUUACCUACGGUUUCAGUAGUUUUUCUUUCUAUUAAACGUUUGUUGGAGAACUUUUAGCAUCAUGUAUAAUAGACAUUAGUAGAGUUUUUGUUGUGUAAGAAAUAACUUUUUUAUAGUACUUAUUAUAGUAAAACGUACUGUAAUGUUUAUGCAGACUUUUAUAUCGGCUAUCUUUGAAAAGGCGUGUUGUAUAAAUUUAUUUGCUUUCAUAUUUAUACCUAUUUUUUGCGAUAUUAAGUAGUUAUGAAAUAUAAUUUUUGGUAUGCAAGAUUCUAAGUACAUUUUCACCACGGAGGGCCUUAGUCUCAUCAGUUUUCUAAUUUUCUUACCUAUUUUGUUGUCGAAUGUGUAGUAAUCGACCAAAUGAAUAAGUACAAAACUCCAUAGAUCUAGUGUUAGGUUCGUAUCGCUCAUUUCUCACUCACAUCUCACACGGCUAAGGCGUUCCGUAGUUUUGUUACAAGGAGCAAAACGUUUUGGAUGUGAUCUCUACAAAAUGCUGUCUUCAACCGACUGAUUCGAGAUCGUGUUUCGAAUGUUUGAACAUGAAUAGUUUAAAGUUGUUAGAACUGUAAUACUCGACUUAUUUAUAUUUUAUUUAUAAAUUCUAUACGAUUAAAGAUUUAUUUAAAGGCAGCUUUCGUUGUCAUAGUGCAUCGCAGCUAUUAGAACAUUAAGACUUAGUUUAAAACUGAUUGUGUAAGUAGGUUGAUAGAAUAUUCUCAUAGAGCUCUAUAAAUUGAGAUAUUAUUAUAUUGUACACCUCACAGAGAAUUAAAUGAAUGAUUUUAUUUUUA